AUGUCGUAUCCGCCAUCAAAGAGACAGCGAUCCAAUACCUCGAGAGAAGCCGUCCACACCACCCCGCAGACUCAAGCUCCCGCCCUUCGACAAGCCCACGUCAACCAGGUCAGCCAGAUCAACCCGAGUCUCGGCGGACUAUACUCGCCGGGCGCCUACACCAAUGGCGGCUAUGCGCCUCCGCCGUCCGGUCUCCCGACUGUCAACUAUGGUUCAUAUGCGGCGAAUCCGGUGACAUCACAGCACAACGGGUACGGCGGAGGCUACCAGAACUCCUCGACCGCAGCGGCCGCGGCGGCAGCAGCAUACGGUGCCGGACCCUAUAGUCCCCAGCAGCAAGCACACGCCUAUAACACCACACAUUAUCCGCAGCCACAGCCGAGUCCCCAGCUGCCGUCCCACAAUGGGCACUAUCCUCAGGCGGCACUCAACGGUGUACAGAACGGAGGCUAUCCAACCACUCACACCCCCCAGCCGGGAACCAGAGGGCCAUACUCGCCAGCACCAGUUCCUCCAAGUCAUCAGGCUACGACCUACCACCAGCCACAACCUCGAAACCCCACGGCCGCGAUCCAGCACGCCCAGCACCCUAUAACGCAAUAUGGAGAAUCAUUUUCUUCCCAACCGAGCUCUCACGCGACGGCAUACCAUACGAACGCCACCCCAUAUCCAGAGCCCACGGUAAACCAUACGAACACCACCCCGUAUACAGAGUCGACUGUGAACCAGCACUACAGUCCUGCCCCUCUGCCUACUCCUCAGCAUGAUGACCGUCCCAUGUCGGAGGAUCCUCCUGAGAACGAUGAUGAGGAUGCGCAGGGCGAGACGGCAGACGAAUCGACCGAGGUUUACACGAGCUCUGAACCAGCGCGGACAUCGAUCCCUACACCUUCGACCGAGCAUUCAAAACCACCCGAGAACAAAUGCGCCUGUAAGAAAGGCCGCGGGAAGAAGAAAGCUUACUUGACCACCUUCUUUGGGACAAGCACCGCUUUCCCCAAACCCUGUGGCGCAAAUGCCUGCUUCGCAACAUGGCUCUCAAACCAGCCCAAUAUCGAAGAACUAGAUAUGGACUUGAUGGUAGAUAUGUUGCUAGAUGAUGACGCAUCCUGGGUGACUAUUAGCAAGUACACAGCGCCCUUCAAGGAAUGGGAGCAGAAGUGGAAAAAAACCCAAAGCGGCAAGGGCAACAAGAAGAAACAAGAAGAGAAACAAGAAGAGCGAGAGCGACUCGAGUUUGAGCUGCUGCGCGGAGGGCUGGGCAACUGCAAUUCCAACGACUUUAAUGGAUUCUGGUAUAGCUUUUGUCAAAGCAAGUGGGUGCCGAUGGACCUCUGGGAGCACUGCCAGGAGUGCCGGGUGUGCAAGCCCAGCGCGGAAUGGCAUUGUGACAAACACGAUCGCUGCACGAAUGAUCGAGUCUGCUCGGGUUGUGCUGCGGCUCCGUUCCCGGAGAUGAUGUACCCAGAAUCGGGCACUUGA